AUGGCAACACUGGAGCUUUACAGCAAGGGAGCAAGUGUGUGGAUUUCUGACCCAAAUGCAGUCUGGGUUUCAGCCCAACUCCUCCAGGACUACAGUCCUGGAGAGAAACAUCUACUGCUAGAGCUCUCUAAUGGAAAGGAGGUUCAUUACCCAGUGGGCUCUCCUUCUGAUCUCCCACCGCUGGGGAACCCUGACAUCCUGGAGGGGGAAAACGAUCUAACAGCUCUCAGCUUCCUCCAUGAGCCUGCUGUCCUGCACAACCUCCGGGUCCGGUUCCUGGACUACAGCAGCAUCUACACUUACUGUGGUAUUGUUUUGGUGGCCAUCAAUCCCUACGACCAGCUCCCCAUAUAUGGAGAGGAGGUGAUAGAUGCGUACAGUGGUCAGGACAUGGCCGACAUGGAACCUCACAUCUUUUCAGUGGCAGAGGAAGCCUACCGCACUAUGACCAGGGAGGAGAAAAACCAGUCUAUCAUCAUCAGUGGGGAGUCUGGCUCGGGGAAAACUGUCUCAGCCAAAUUCUGCAUGCGAUACUUUGCUGUGGUUGGAGGAGCAGCACAGCAGACCAGCGUGGAGGAGAGAGUCCUGGCUUCUAACCCUAUCAUGGAGUCUAUUGGGAAUGCUAAAACCACUCGAAAUGACAACAGCAGUCGUUUUGGGAAAUACAUCGCGAUUGGCUUUGGUAGAAAGGGGGACAUCAUUGGGGCAAACAUGAGGACUUAUCUGUUGGAGAAGUCACGGGUCGUCUUCCAGGCAUCAGCAGAGAGGAACUACCAUAUCUUCUACCAGCUGUGUGCCUCCAGAGAGCUGCCUGAAAUGAGAUCCCUCAAACUGGAUGCACCUGAGCAUUUCCGCUACACCAACCGGGGAGGAGAGACGCAGAUACCUGGUACUGAUGAUUUGUCAGACCUGGAGCGCACUCGCAAUGCUUUUACCAUUCUGGGUGUGCAGCCUGACCAACAGAUGGAGCUCUUCAGGAUUCUUUCAGCUGUUCUACACCUGGGAAAUGUCAACAUCCAAGCCAGUGGAAGAAGUUCGGAUAGGAGUUAUAUUGAUGUAGACGACCGCUCUCUGGCUGUCUUCUCCAAGCUACUCGGAGUUGAAGGGCCUCAGAUGGCCCACUGGCUGUGUCAUCGCAGGCUGGCUGUCGGGGGGGAGAUGCUGGUCAAACCCAUGUCUGGUCAGCAGGCUGUAGAAGCCAGAGAUGCGCUGGCUAAACACAUCUACGGCCAGCUGUUUACAUGGACUGUCCACAGGCUCAACUCUGCCCUGCGCACCCAGAGGGGACAGGCCAGAUCCUUCAUAGGGGUGCUAGAUAUCUAUGGGUUUGAGACCUUUGAUCGGAACAGUUUUGAGCAGUUCUGUAUAAAUUAUGCAAAUGAAAAACUCCAGCAGCAGUUUAACAGGCAUGUGUUCCACUUGGAGCAGGAGGAGUAUGUCCGGGAGGAGCUGGCCUGGAGCAGGAUUGAGUUCAGUGACAAUCAGCAGUGCAUCAAUCUCAUAGAGGGGCAACUAGGCCUGUUUGAUCUGUUAGAUGAGGAGUGCAGGAUGCCUAAAGGCUCAGAUGAGAGCUGGGUGCGGAAGCUGUACAACCAACACCUGGCCAGCAAGCCCCACCCUCACUUCCAGAAACCUCGCUUGUCCAACAGCGCCUUCAUCGUUCUGCACUUUGCCGACAUGGUGCAAUAUGAAUGUGAUGGCUUUUUGGACAAGAAUCGAGAUACAGUCUUUGAGGAGCUUGUUAACAUUCUGAAAGCAAGUCAGUCUGAGCUGGUGGCUGAGUUGUUCCAGCAGCAGGAGAAUCCGUCCACUGUGGCCAAUGGAAGUGUUCGCUCAGGGAAAAGAGCCACCAGAGAACACAAACUGACCGUGGGCUUCCAGUUCCGUCAGUCCCUACAGAUGCUAAUGGACACCCUCAACAGCACCACUCCUCACUACGUCCGCUGCAUUAAACCCAACGACCUCAAAGAGCCUUUUAUGUUUGACCCCAAGAGGACAGUCCAACAGCUGAGAGCCUGUGGGGUGCUGGAGACUAUUCGUAUCAGUGCUGCAGGUUAUCCAUCCAGAUGGACGUAUGAGGAGUUCUUCAGCAGGUACCGUCUUCUUCUUCAAGGGCCUCAGAUUCAGGAGCAGGCCCAGGCCUCGUGCAGACGGAGUCUGCCUCAGCUCAUCUCAGACCCGGACCAGUACUGCUUUGGAAAGACCAAAAUAUUUUUCCGGGCCGGGCAGGUGGCUCUUCUGGAGAGGCUGAGAGCAGAGAGGCUGCGUGGGGCUGCUGUGAUCAUCCAGAGCCGGGUCAGAGGAUGGCUGUCACGGAUCAGAUACACCAGGAUCCUCUGGGCAACAGUCACCAUACAAAGAUACUCCAGAGGAUCUCUGGCCAGACGACUGGCCCUGACCCUGCGCUACACCAAGGCUGCCUUAGUGAUCCAGAAGACCUGCCGUAUGGUGGUGGUCAGACGGUUGUUCCUCGUGAUCCGCCAGGCCACCGUCACCAUCCAGGCCUUCACCAGGGGCACACUGGCACGCCGCAGAUACAGACUGUUGGUAGCAGAGCGUGCUGCUGUGUUGCUCCAGGCGGGAGUGCGUGGGUGGUUGGCGAGGCAGGCGUACAGGAGAGUACGCGCGGCGGUGGUGUUCAUGCAGUGCUGCGUCCGCCGCAGGGCUGCCAGGAGAGAGCUGCUGAAACUAAAGACCGAGGCCCGCUCAGUGGAGAGGUACAGAGAGCUCAACAAGGGCAUGGAAGUCAAACUGAUGCAGCUGCAGUUAAGAGCUGACCAGGAGGCCCGAGAGAGCGCUGCUUUGAGGGAGACUCUGCAUGCCGCCAGUGCUGAGCUGGGGGCUCUGAGGGUGACGGUACAGAGACUGGAGAGCCAGAAACAUGAGAAACCUCAGCUCUGUCCAGCCGUCAGUGAGAAGGAGGUGGAGAAAAGGAGGAGAGCUGAGGACAAAGCUGCCCAGGAGAUCCUUCAACUCACACAAGAGUUGCAAGCCCUGCAGACAGAAAAGAACAGUUUAUGCAAAGAGAGAGCGGAUCUCUCUACUCGCUUCCUCGAACAGGAAAAAGCAGAGGAAGAGCGCGUGCAUCAGGCUGUGUCUCAGGCGAGUGCGGCUCUGAGGCUGGAGCUGGAUGAAGAGAGGAGAAAGUACCAGGGUCUCCUCAGAGAGUUCACCAGACUGGAGCAGCGAUACGACAACCUCAGAGAGAUGAGUCUGCUCACCGAGCGCACACCGGGCCACAGAAGGACCGACUCCACCCAGAGUCUGAGCUUGGAGCCCCUCUCUCCCUCAGCCACCCCACUGUCACCCCAGUCUCUCACCCCACUCUCCCUGUCACCCUUCCCAUCUGCCUUCCCUUCCCCGGAGGAGCUCCGCAGGGUCAGCGUGACGUCUCCUUGCCUGGAGAGGAGAGUCUCAGUGCGGAGCUCAGACACACCAAUGGACCAGCUGAUGGAGAAGAUGGAUGUGGCCAAAGAUCCAGCAGUGAAGAUGAGAGGAGAGGACCUGGCACACGCCUACGAUGCUGUACGAUUGGCCAACAAGCUUCUGGAGAGUCAGCUGCGAAACCAGCGGGAUCAGUGGGAGGAGGAGCUGGAAGCUCUGCGGUGCCAGCUCAGUCAGGCAGUCUCUGGUUGUUCCUCUGCUGCACAGCGACAGGAACUGCAGGAACUACUGGAGGCCAGAGAGCAAGAGUGUGUCAAACUGAGGAGAGAGCUGAAGGAGCUUAGAAACACAGUGUCACUCAGACGACUCCUCACUCAAGCUUUGACCCCAGAGACCUUGUCCUCACCGUCCCGACCAAAGCCUGCAGCAGCAUGCGCUGGUUUGUUGGAAUGCAGGAAGAGAGACGAAACUAAGCUCAUCAAGAACCUCGUCACAGACAUCCGUGUUGACAGUGCCUUGUCUCUGCCCCCUGGUCUACCUGCCAGCGUGCUUUUCCUGUGUGUCCGCCAGGCCGACUGCAGCGGGGACCAAACUCGUGCUCGCUCGCUCUGUAGCGCUGCCGUCACUGCUAUGAAGGCCGCUCUGAAGAAACGUAGCAACGAUGUAGAUAUGACAGCUCUGUGGCUGAAAAACGCUUGUGUGUUGCAUGACCUGUUGACCCGGCACUCCCCAAAACAGACCCUUGAUUCACAUGAACUCGUUCCACUGACGACAGACCUGAACGACCUGAUUCGCGCCCUGAGUGACCUCUGUAUCCAGGCCUAUCAGCAGCUCCUCUCCAUCACUGAGACACGCCUGCAAAACAUCAUAGUCCCCGCCCUGUUGGAGUCCGAGACCAUCCCCGGUCUGUCUGGCUCAGCAGCGAAGUUGGGGACGUCCAAGAAGCGAGCAGGCUCAGACCCCAGGACUGCAGCAGGUGACGCUCCCUCGAUGGCGUCGGUGCUGAGGGAGCUGGGAACCCUUCACACUGCCCUGUCCCAUCAGGCUCUGCCCCCGACGCUGAUGGAACAGGCCUUCCACCAGCUCACCUACCUCAUCUCUGCCUCCGCUCUGAACAGCCUGCUGCUGCGGAAAGACGUGUGCUGCUGGAGUCGUGGCAUGCAGAUACGCUACAAUGUGAGUCUGUUGGAGGAGUGGCUGCGUAGCCGAGGUCUGCAGGCAGGGGGCGCCGUGGCCACACUGGAGCCCCUCAUCCAGGCAGUUCAGCUUCUGCAGGCGGGGAAAAAAACUGAGGCGGAUGCACAGGCCCUCGUUCAGACCUGCACUGCACUGUCCAGCCAGCAGAUUGUGAAGAUUCUGACCCUCUACACACCCAACAGUGACCUUGAUGAAAGAGUCACGCUGAAUUUCAUCCGCACUGUCCAGGGGCUUCUCAAAGGCCGUUCUGACGGUCAGCCUCCACAGCUCCUAAUGGAUGUGAGGCGAGUCUUUCCUGUCACAUUCCCCUACUUGCCUCCCGCUGUCCUCCAUGCCGACCAGUUUGUCAUCCCAGACUCCCUCAAGAUCUCCUUUCUACGCAGAGCCUAGAAAACAGAGUGUCUAGCUUCUUCAGUUCAAUGCAACUCCCAACAUAUUGCAUUUAGUCAUUUGAAAUUUAAAUAACUUCCAGGAUGUGUUGUGAAUUUAAUUCCUCACGUUUAAUUAACCCGUUAAUUAUCAGUGGAUUAGUCUGUAUACUAUAGAAGGUCAGUGGUCAAAAUUUUGCAUCUCAGCUUGGUUAAAAUAGCAUGACUGCUUGGAUAUAAAGUAUUUUUUAAAUAGAUGGACUUUAAAUUAGGCAAUGAUGUGAUCAGAAAUAGCAAAAGUGCAGCUAUAUCUUUGCACAGUUUGACAAACAAGGAAUGAAAUGAAGCUUUUUUCAUAUUUUAUUGGAAGCAGAAACACAAUGAGACUGCAGUCCUGGUAACCUCAACCCCCAAUAAGAACAGCCAGAAUAAAAAAAAAAAAAAAAACUAAAAAAAAAAAAAAAA